AUGGUCCGGCCGUCCGCCCGGGACCCGCCGCGCGCGUUCGGCCGCCGGAAGUGGCCUGUGUUCCGCGCAAAAAAAGCGUCCGGGCGUUACGGAAGUGCCUGUGUCCCGCGCAAAAAGCGUCCGGGCGCCGCCGGAAGCGUCCGGGUGAUCCCGGAAGUGGGCUGUGCCCCGCGCAGAAAGCGUCCGGGCGCUCUCGGAGGCGCAAGGGCUGCGGAGCUGGCCGGCGCCACGGCUGGAGCCGGAAGGGCGACGGGCUCGCGCCGAGGCCGGGGCCGGGGGCGUGCCCCGACCUGGGAGAUCUCGGACUCGGACAGCGAUGGUGCUACGGGCGCGAGGGCUGCCCCGAGAGCCCAGGGCCCCGGGGAGGCGCGCAGGGCGGCGGCGGAGACCUUACGGCUGCUGCGGCCGGAACAGGCCCUGCGGCGCCUGACCGUGCGCGUGGAUCCCGCUGUUCUGGAGGCCGCCGGUGCCCACCUGCUGCUGGACGCCCUGGGCGCGCUGGGCUGCAACUGCGUCGUGGAGCCCCAGCGCCAGGCGCGCAGCCUUCGCUGGAGCCGCUCACGGCCCGAGCCGUGUCCCCAGGGCGUGCCCCCUGACGUUUGGGCAGCGGAGGAGCAGGACAUGCUGCUCCUGCUGCUGGAGCCUGAGGAGUUCGUGAGGGGCGUGGCGCAGAUCACCCAGAUGUAUGGGCACAGCUGCCCCAUGCCCUGGCUCUGCCCUGAAAGCCCUGAUCGUCCCCACCUGGCUGUGAUCGGGCUGGACGAGCACCUGUGGUCCUGCCAGCCCAGCCGGUGGGAGACGCAGCAGCAACAGCACCCAGAGGUGGCUGCUUCCAGGCUGGCAGUUGGCUGGCCCGAGGUGGAGGAGGCCCUUGUCCUCCUGCAGCUCUGGGCAGGCCUGGAUGUGCUGCUGGUAUCCUCCUGGCAAGAGCUGGCUCAGUACGUUUGUACCCUCACCAAAGCCCUGGCCCAGCGCCUUUACAAGCAGUACCGGGAGUCUCAGCCCUUUGCCUUCUGCACAACUGGGCGCUGGGCUGUGGGCGAGCGCGUAGCCAGAGAUGGCUCAGGGCUACUUGGGGCCUGGCGGCGUCAGAUCACACAGUUCAACCGUGUCAGCGGGGCUGUGGCCGAUGCAGUGGUCAGUGCCUUUCCCUCACCCCGCCUCCUGCAGCAGGCGUUUGCGGCCUGCAGCACGGAGGAAGAGCGCCUGCAGCUCCUGGCUGACCUCCCCGUGCAAGUGGACAAGGACACAGCGGAAGAGGGCAUAUCGACCCGCAGGGUAGGGCCUGACUUGGCCCGUCGCAUCUUCCUCUUCUUUACCACUACUCAGCCCAAUCUCCUGCUAGACUUGGGGUCCUGAUGGCACUGAGUCCUGGCCUGACACUCAGUAGGCAGCUAGGCAGGAUGGGCAAUGGCCCCUAGCCAUGAGACCGAGUCAUGCCUGACCUGAGAGCUGAGCCAGGUGUGGGUUCAAAUCCCUGCUCACAUAGUGGAGCCUCACAUGUAGAGAAGUAACCCAUGCUGGCGGUACAGAUGGGAGAAAGGGGCAGCAGGCCUUGCCCCACCCCUCCUACAGGACCACCGUGCAGGCUUUAACGUGGACACGGCGUUUAUUCCGGUCACCUCAGUGGAAGGAAGAAAACAGCCGACAGCAUGCAGAAGUGAAAAAACACUGGCACAGGCAGUGGCGGCAGGUGACAGCUAGAGUACAGACCUGUCCAGUGCCGAGCAGAGCUCAGCGCUCAGAGCUGUGGUGCACAGCAGUCUCACUGAUACUGGAGCUGCCAGACUCAGGAUCCUGGGCCUGUAGCACCUGCCAGGCGAGCCCCAACCUCGGGCAGUAGAGGACAUCCAGACUGCCCAACCUCACCUGCCAUUAGCACCAGGUCCUGGUCACUAGGAGACGAGGAGAUGCAUUAGGUCCGUCGACAGCGCUUUCGCUGGCAGUGCCUAGGUUCAGGGCUGCCGGAGCCAGCUGUGUUAGGCGGCGUGGCAGCGGGCGAGUGGCGGCCGCAACUCAUGCUGAGCACCCAGCCCAGCUUGUGGUGCAGCAGCUGCUUGAGGCCAGGGGGCAAGGGCAGGCCCUCCAGCGUGUCCCGGGACGUGGGCCGCAGCUGACGCAGGCGGUAGCAGCACAGGUACUGCAG